GAAGUCGUGUGUAUGCUGUCAAUGCCAGCGACAGAGAGGAGAGACCGAGAGCUAAAAUAAAAACCCCGCAUUUACGACAAGAUGGCAGGACUGCCCCGCAGGAUCCUUAAGGAAACUCAGCGCUUGCUCGCAGAGCCUGUCCCAGGCAUCAAGGCAGAGCCAGAUGAAGGCAACGCCCGCUACUUUCAUGUGGUCAUUGCUGGACCUCAGGACUCACCUUUUGAAGGCGGCACAUUUAAACUUGAGCUCUUUUUACCUGAAGAAUAUCCCAUGGCAGCUCCUAAAGUACGCUUCAUGACCAAAAUAUAUCAUCCCAAUGUAGACAAGCUGGGAAGAAUAUGUCUUGACAUUUUGAAAGAUAAAUGGUCACCAGCUCUGCAGAUUCGCACAGUGCUGCUAUCAAUCCAGGCGUUACUAAGCGCACCCAACCCUGAUGAUCCCCUAGCAAAUGAUGUUGCAGAAAAGUGGAAGUCCAAUGAAGCUGAAGCCAUAGAAACAGCCAAGACAUGGACCAGUCUUUAUGCUAGAAGCAAUGUGUAGAACAGCCCAACAAGUGAAGAUACAAGUGGAAAUCAAGUGUGAACACAACUCCUCAUGUUCUGCCAAGACCUCUUCCUACUUCAUUUGCAUUUAAAGGACACAGUCUUAAAUAUAUACAUAUAUAUUAUAAAAUAAACGUGAAAAUAUUGUAAAGGAAAAAAAAAACAACUGCUGACAAUUGGUGAUUUAAAUGCACACUAGUAAUGAAAUGACUCGUCUUUGUCCUAACUCACUACUGUUCAAAUGCAUGGGCAGAGGUUUUAGAUCUACUCACCUGGCUUAUUUGUCCAUGAUUUUGGGAAGCUUUUGCCAACUGCUGCUUUAACUAGCACAUUUUCGGGGAGCGGGGUGGGGGGUCAUAUGUCCCACAUGUUGGGUUGGGGGAGUGGGUUUGGAGGUCCUGGCGCAGUGUAAUGGGUGGGGAGGAAAUACUAGCUGAAAGAUGUGGUCAAUGUUGUAUUCUUUUUACAUUUCUUUUAACUUUGUUUUCUUGUGUCGCUGUUUGUUUAUUAAAAGCAGCUAACUACUACUAGCCCACUAUAUGUAGACACUCACCUGGAGGCCGCCCAAGUUUCAUGCUGUGUAGAUGGCCCCUGAAGGAUGCAUUAACUAUCGCAGCCCCGCUUCUUCAUUAAGUCACAUCUGGCUGCAUUAAAAACAAAACAGUAGGAUUGAAAACCAAACUGAGCCUGCCAUUGUCUCAUUAACUUUUUCAAUCGCUCUCAGUGUAAACUGUAGGCUUGUGGAUGCCGUUGGAGAGUGUAGAAGGUAGGAUGGACGUUGUGGACCUUUCCUUAGUUUUAGCAUGUAUGUUUUAUUACCAUAUCCAGUCUUUUAUAUGUGAAUCUUUCUUGCUAUUACUAACUACUAUGCUUUUUCCCCCCGUAUGUCCUCACAGUCUAAUGCUUCAAGACUCAGUGGUUUACUUCUUCCAAUGGCAUUUAUUUCACAAAGCAUUGGUUACAUUUGAGCUGUCAGAUUUGUGAUGAUGAGAGUAGUAGUGAAUAGGAUGGGGUGGGGUUGGGUGAGAGGAGGUGCUGGGUUGUUAUAGGAUCAAACCCCAGAAGAUCAAUGGAGGCUGUGACUCCCCGCUGUUGUGAUUGGUCUUUGGCUGAAAAGUCUGUAUUCAAUUCACCUGUUUGUAAAUUCAUUUCUUUCUAUUAAUCUGGGGAGGAAGGGUUUUUCCUGCUCUCAGAAUGCUACGAAACAGUCCACCUGCAUACUUCUGUGUUCUGUAAAUAAAAAUCUGUUGAUUAAUAAA